AUGGGCUCGGAGAGUGAAGAGCGCCCUACCAAAAAGCGGGCCAGGCAACCCACGCCGUCCGCGGAGCCCAUCAGCAAGGGCAAGAAGCAGAGAGGCAGACCAAAAGUAGAUACACAGGAUGAGACCGCUGCAGAUCGGCGUCGCACCCAGAUCCGCCUUGCUCAGAGAGCAUACCGCCAGCGGAAGGAGAUGACCAUAUCCUCCCUGCAAAAGCAGGUCGAACAGCUGCAGUCGGUCAUCGAUGGCAUGAACGAUUCGUUCCUGCACUUCAACGACCAGGCAAUGGCUUCGGACAUCUUCGCCUUGCGUCCGCACUUGGCCUCCGAGUUGAGAUCGACCAGCGAGGCUUUCGUCAACCUCGCCAAGACUGCAAAGCAUGUUGACACUGAGGACGAGCGUGAGGAUAGCCAAGAGGCCGCCUCCGACCCCUCGACCACACCACAGAAUGCGGCGGCUGCGCCAAACAUCUCAACACGUAGCUACCAAGACAUGGGCCAAGCCCCGCAUGACGUGUCACAGGUGCCAAAUGCAGACGCCCAGAUAAACUCUCACUCAACCCAUAUCGGCUUGGGAUACUAUAAGAUUGCCGAAGAGCCUGAGGCCCCGGCCUUUGGACAAAACGUUGAUUUCUAUUCAGGGUCGGAUCUCCCUAAUCUAUCAGCUUCAACCUUUGGAGCUGCAGGGGAGCCAAUAGUUACUGAACUGCGUCAGCCUCAGGACACUUCCUUCGCCCUUUCCUCCCACUUUCGGAACCCCGUCCACACGGACGCAGUAAAUGCCUUCCAACCCCAACCGGAAGCCCUUGGCCAGCACAUGAACGAGCACCACCAAAACGAAAAAAGCGCAGUUGCUCCGAUCCGAGCACGAACCUACGAACCAUUCACACGUGUUUCACCCUGGAUUCCGUCUCCGAUGAACAGCACCCCCCGACCCGCUUUCACCUACUCUUUCCAAGAAACCACCUUUUCACGUCGCUUGCAACGAGCCUGUCUCGAACGAGCUUUCCAUCUUCUCUCAACCGCACACCUCCGCCCCAGCGACUUCAAUCGGGUUUUCCGCCUCUGUCGUCACUAUUCAUCCCGAGACAGACUACUCAAAGAUUUCAGAGAUCUUCUCCAGAACUCUGUGCUCCAACCACUUGACUUUCUUAACUCGCCAUUCCUCCAUCUAGGCGGAGCAGGGACCCACUACCCUGUGCGAGAUGAAAACGGCAGGGUCAUCCCAGGCCAAAUAAGCUUUAAUGUCCGCCGUGUUGGACCGUACGCCACCAAAGUACAACUCGAGGAACUUCGAACAAGCACGCGACCCAACAUCAUCUUUACCCCAGAACUAGAAUACGAUCUGGAAGCAUAUGGCGGCGAGUGGUUAGACAGCCAGGACGUCGAAGGAUACCUCGAGGAAUUGGGCGUGCAUAUAGACGCACAAGCAUCUUUCGCAGAGACAGCUGUCAAGACGCUUGAUGCUCUUGCGCGCGUUCAAUCACCACACGGCGACGUCGCGCAUCCAGAUUCGGAAAUGGGCGUCCUCGGCGAGGCGCUCGAUCAAUUUGCACCCAACCACGUCGGUGGCAAUUUCGGCAUGUCUCCAGCUCCUCAGCCCAUGUUGGCGACAGGCAGCCCAGGACAGGCAAGCUUGCCCAGCAGUUCCAGUGUCCCCAGCGCCUCACACGGUGAGAAUUCCACGUCGAACGGCCCGAGUACGCCUGACAGUGCGAACCUCCUUCAGCAGAGGGCACAAAGGCUGGAACAGCCAUACUCAAUGGAUUGGGGAGAAUUUCCGUCAGCUGAUCCCAAGAAUUGGGAUGAAUGGGAUCGCUUCUACGACCUGAAUUACGCUUGGGCCGACGACAACCAUCUGGACCUGAGCGAGUACGGCAUGGGUGGGGUUGCGACCGUAGGCUCCGUGGAAGAGCGGAGGCAGAACAGGUCGGUGACAAUCGAUGUUCAGAGGUUCAUCAACGGUUUGAUCAAACGUGGUGUUUGCAUCGGCCGAGGUCCGGGGUUCCGUCGCUCAGAUAUCCACUAUGCUCUACGCGCCGCUAUCAUCGAAGCAUUCUAA